GCACAGCACCAUACGGGGUUCAACUGACCAUGGACGACGAAUUUGAUAAUUUCUUGGACAGAGUGACAGAAGUCGAGAGACUGGUGACACAGAUGCGGAGCUCCGACAGCCGGGUGGCCGACGACGCCCGCCAACGCGCUGACGUCUUGCUGGGGACGUCGACGGCGUGCUCGGCGGGGCGACGCUCCUCCGGCUCCAGCUCUGACCAGGGGGGGCAGGGAGGCCAGGGGAGCCAGCGGGCCGAGGGGGGCAGCGCGGCCAAGGGGCGGGGCGACGGGGGCCUGCGUCACGGUGGUCACGGCAAGGACCGGACCGUCAUCAACCAGAAGGCCUUCGACAGGAUCGGCGGCAGCGACCCGGCCGAAAUGUCCAAGGAGUGCUUCAUGGCUCAAGUGGAGAGGGAUGCCGAGAACCGGGCCAGAGACCGGCGAGAGCGCACACGUUCGGACGAGCUGAGGCGCAGGGCGACUGACGCCUUCAGAGAGAAACACUUUGAGAGGGCCCUCAAUCUCUACAGCCAGGCAAUCGAAGAAAGGCGAGACAGUGCCAUGCUGUACGAGAACCGAGCCCUGACGUGCCUCAAUCUGAACCUGUACCAGAGGACAGUGGACGACUGUGACUGGGCAUUACGCCUGGAUGAAAACAGUCUAAAGGCCCUUCUGUACAAAGCCAAAGCCUUACACCGAAUGGAGGAUAAAGAGAACUCUGAUAAAUGUAUCAAGGCAGCAUUAGAAAAACACCCACAUCACAAGGACAUAAUCAAAGAUUACAUGGAAACAUGGAGUCAGGAUGGCAUCGUACAAAAGGAAACACAGGUAUAGGAAAAAAAUAUCAUAUGGAGAUAUAAGAAUGAACCCAUGAGUAUGUAUGCUUCAGAAAGAAACACGAAUGUUUAUUC